CAUGCAGGUUGAGGGACCCAAAAAUGGUUGCUAUGCUGUCUCGUUCUUCUCUCUUUUUGUAAAAGAAUGGAAACUGCUUCAUAUGCUCAUUUCACCUUCAUCUUGUUCGUAGUUCUAUUCAUUUUUGCAUAUUUCUGGUACCUUCCAAACAAACUAGAUUUCCAGCUAUGGUGCACCUCCAAGAAUCGAAUUCACUCCAACUUGGACUUGGUUUUGGAGACCCAGAUCCACAAGCCCAACGACCACACAGGGGAAACCCCUCACCACCCACUAGACCCACUUACCAUACAAGAAAUCAACAAGGUCAGAACCAUCCUCUCAUCCUAUGAGCCCUUUUUGUCUUGCUUCCCACCUAUUCACUAUUUAUCACUUGGUGAACCUGACAAGCACCGGGUCUUGUGGUGGAAACAAGGCGACCCUCUUCCUCCUAGGAAAGCACUUGUAAUUGUGCUAUUGAAUGGGCAAUCUCAUGUGCUUACAGUUGAUUUGGAGUUGGGCCAAGUCACAAGCCAUGAAAUCAAUCCUUGGUCGGGGUACCCUAUGGUGUCUAUGGAUGACCUUUCUGCCGCAAUCCAGGUGGCACUAUCUCACCAAGAGUUGAACCAAUCUGCCAUCGCAAGAGGGGUUCCCUUAUCGGAAUUGACUUGCAUCACACCGUCACCGGGUUGGUUUGGGCCUGAUGAGGAAGGGAGAAGGGUUACUAAGGUCCAGUGCUUCUCUAGCCAGGGCACAGUCAAUUUCUAUAUGAGGCCACUUGAAGGGCUAACAAUAACCGUGGACCUCGACAAGAAAGAGGUGGUGGAAUUUCUUGACAAGGGGAGAGGAAUUCCAGUUCCAAAAGCCACUAACACAGAUUACAGAUACACAGCACAAGACAAGCCACUAGAAAUGGAGCCAAUAAACCCAAUAUCAAUAGAACAACCGAAAGGUCCAAGCUUUAGUAUAGAAAAUCGACACAUGGUUAAAUGGGCAAAUUGGAUUUUCCACCUGAAGGCUGACCAACGAGCUGGCAUGAUCAUUUCCCGAGCUAUGGUUAGGGACUCGGAGACUGGGGUGCUAAGGAGUGUGAUGUACAAAGGGUUCUCUUCCGAGUUGUUUGUGCCUUACAUGGACCCAGAUGAGAACUGGUAUUUUAAAUCAUACAUGGAUGCCGGUGAGUUUGGUCUGGGGGCAACAGCGAUGUCACUUAUGCCACUAAAUGAUUGCCCGAGGUACGCACACUAUGUGGAUGGAAUUUUUGUGUCUUCUGAUGGGAAGCCAUAUGUUCAACCCAAUAUGAUUUGUGUGUUCGAACGUUAUGCUGGAGAUAUCGGUUGGCGUCAUUCGGAGAUCCCUGUUAAUGGUUUUGAGAUUAAAGAAGCAAGAGCUAAAGUGACACUAGUGGCUCGAAUGGCAGCAUCAGUAGGAAACUAUGAUUACAUUUUUGAUUGGGAAUUUCAAACUGAUGGUUUGAUUCGCAUUAAGGUGUCUCUUUCAGGGAUGCUAAUGGUGAAAGGGACAACUUAUCAAAAUGUGUAUCAAAUACCCAACCAAGAAGAAAUGUCGAGCCCUUUAGUCUCUGAAAACGUUAUCGGUGUUGUUCACGAUCAUUUCAUCACUUACCACCUGGACAUGGAUAUUGAUGACACUAAUAACACACUUGUUAAGGUUCAUUUAGUUAAGGAAGAGACUUUGCCAGGUGAAUCACCCAGAAAAAGCUACUUAAAAGCAAAGAGAGAGACAGCUAAAACAGAGGAAGAUGCAAGAAUUAAGCUUAAGCUCUAUGACCCUUCAGAGUUUCAUGUAAUCAACCCUUCAAGGCGGUCUAGGUUGGGAAAUCCUGCAGGGUAUAAGAUUGUUCCCGGUGCGACUGCAGCUAGCUUGCUUGAUCACCUUGAUCCUCCACAAAAAAGAAGUGCUUUCACAAACAAUCAGAUAUGGGUGACCCCCUAUAACCGAACCGAACAAUGGGCUGGUGGACUUCUAGUGUAUCAAAGCAAGGGAGAUGACACAAUUGCUGUGUGGUCUCAGAGGAAUCGAAAUAUUGAGAAUAAAGACAUUGUGUUAUGGUACACCAUGGGAUUCCAUCACAUUCCGUGCCAGGAGGAUUUCCCUGUAAUGCCAAUUGUGUCAUCGAGCUUUGAUUUAAAGCCUGUCAAUUUCUUCGAGAGCAAUCCUAUUCUAAGAGCUGCACCAUUUUUUGAGAAGGACCUACCCGUCUGUCGUCCUGCUGCCUCAUCUUGAUCGAUGGGUUGUGUUCAGAUGAGUGGCUGCCAAACAUUGAAAGAUUGGGCUCAGGGGCAUGGAUGCUCACAAUCGAUCGUCAACAACUGGCACUGGAACGUCUCCUCUAUUUUCCAAUUCAUUUGCUACGAUUUCGUCAUAUUGUGAUUUAUAGUUAAAAUGUAAAUUUUGCUUUUCAAUUUUUGUUAAUGAAAUUUUGUUGUUGUUAAGAUCAAUAUUGUGUUUAUGGAAUUUUUAAAUUUUUUUUGUGA